CACAAUCAUCAUCAUCAAAGCACUUGAGAAGUGUUAUAUAGUAAAAUAAAAAAUAAAAAAUAAAAACUCACAGGUUCAUCUCUCUUCAGGAGAAACAUCCACCCAAACAGACACGCAUCACAAUGGCCUCAUCAUCCUCCUCCCGCGUGGCUCUCAUCUUCGGCACCGGCUCCAACGUAGGCGCCGCCCUAGUCAAGGGCUUCCUCGGCGCCGGCUACCACGUAGCCACAGUCUCGCGAUCCAAGCCCGCGUCCACACCCACCAACGUCCACGCCAUCCAAGCCGACCUCUCGGACCCCAAGGCCGUGCCCAAGGUCUUCCAACAGCUGACCUCGGCCGGCCUGGCGUUCCCCUCGGUGGUGAUCUGGAACGCCGCCGCCGUGUCGCCCCCCUCGGACCCGGAGAACCCGCUCGAGGUGGACGAGGACGCGUUCAGUCGGGACUUUGACCUUAUGGUCAAGAGUCCCUAUGUGGCCGCCCGCGAGGCUGUGCGGGUCUGGAAGGAAGGCGAGGAGACGGGGAGGAAGGGCACGUUUAUCGUGACGGGGAAUUUUCUUCCCAAGAAGAUCCUGCCUGUUCCGGCGCUGGUGGGCCUGGGGAUUGGUAAGAGUGGUGCGAAUUAUUGGGUUGGGCUGGCGGAUGUGGCGUUCAAGGCCAAGGGGAUUCGGUUCUUCUUUGCGGAUGAGCGCACGGCGGAAGGCGGGCCUGUGGGAAGCAAGCCGGAUGGUGAGGGACACUUCAAGAUAUUCAGCCAGUUGCUGGAGGACGAUGAGCUGCCAUACUAUGUCACGUUUGUGAAUGGAAAGUACCAGGAAUUCUCCUAGGCUGGCUGUCCCGUAGUGAGGUAAAGUAAAGGAAAAAGGAAAAGGAAAAAUUAGGAGGACAAGGAAACGAAGGUCUAAAUCGAAGUUCUUUUUCUUUCCGAAGAUGAAUAUCAAAACGACGAUGAUCCUUUCUUUG